CACACACACACACACACACACAUACACACACACACACCUUAGGCCACAAAAAAUAUCAUUAUUAUGUAGUUAGACAGAACUAAAUGACAAGGAGGAGGAAUCUGAGUUGUGCCAUUUAGGCAGGUAGAAAAUGACAGAAAGUGGAAAUUAAAACAAGUGAGAGAGAAGAACAGGAAGAGGAAAAACUGCGUAGGAAACAAGCAUACAGAGGCAGAAGUGCAAGUCUUUUGUGUCAUGAGAGGGAGCAGCGGAGGUGCUCCGACACAAACUCAGCAGGACAAACAUUUGAAAGGACCGAGGAUGAAAUUUCCUUCACAAAGUUCAUGAACCAAAAGAAACAAACGGUCACAAAGCAGGUGAAUCGUUGGAUUUUGUGUGCAGAUUUAAAAUGGGUGAGUCCAGUAUCUGUCAGGUCAGAGCAACAGUCAUGAUGUAUGACGACGCCACCAGGCGCUGGGUUCCAGCAGGCUCUGACGCCGCCCACCUCAGCCGUGUCCACAUUUAUCACAACCCUGCAGCAAACACCUUCAGAGUGGUGGGCCGCAAGCUGCAGGCUGACCAGCAGGUGGUGAUCAACUGUUCCAUUGUCAAAGGGACCAAAUAUAACGAAGCCACACCAAAUUUCCAUCAGUGGCGAGAUGCCAAACAAGUGUGGGGGUUGAACUUUGGGAGUAAGGAAGAUGCUACAGCUUUUGCUGCCUCCAUGAUGCAAGCAUUAGACUCUCUCAGUGGUUCAGGGUCCCCUCAGAAUGGGCCGUCCCCGCAGCAGCUGGAACAGCAAAGAAGGCUGGAGCAACAGAAGCAAGAACAGCUGUCCAGGGAGAAUAAGAAGCCUGAUCCACCUGCUCCUCCGCCCCCCCAUACAGCUGGUCCAUCAGCCCCCCCAGGACCACCACCCCCACCGGGCCCACCCCCACCACCCUGUGGAUCCGGCCCUCCACCACCUCCUCCACCACCUCCUCCUCCUCUUUCUGGUGGUUUGCCCCCAGCACCUCCCCCACCCCCAGCUGGAGGAGGAGGUGGAGAAGCAGGAGGCAAAAACGAUUUUGCAGCAGCUCUUGCAGGGGCCAAAUUGCGUAAAACAACAAAGGAUGAGGGCGCAGGAGCAAGCCCGGCUUCCAAACCAGUGCCCUCAUCUGGAGGAGGAGGAGGAGGAGGCGGAGGGGGAGGAGGAGGAGGAGGAGGAGGUCUAAUGGGAGAAAUGAGUGCUAUCCUUGCAAGGAGGAGGAAAGCUGCUGACAAACCUGCAGCAGCAAAGGAAGAACCUUCCAAUGAAGAAUGUGGCUCCUCAGGAUCAAAAUCAUCAGAAGCAGCUGAACUCAGUCAACCCAAGGAAACAUCUGCCUCAGCAUCAAGGUCCAAAUCCUUCAGCACCACUCAAAAAGAGUGUCCAAGUCCCAGAUCCAGUCCAUCUCCCUCCUCUAACUCUGCUCCACUGCUCAGGUCCAAGGUGAAGAAGAGCUCUGAAGGUCCAGAGGGUGAUGCUGAUUUGGAACAAAUUAAACAGGAAAUCAUCGAGGAAGUCAAAAAAGAACUUCACAAACUAAAGGAGGAGAUAAUCAGUGCACUGAUCGAUGAGCUUCACAAAGGAACACUUCCCAGUUAAGCCUGUUGGUGAUGCAUCUGUUGACAGAUCUGCAGAGUUACAGCAUUAUGGAGAACGUAUUAAUAAAUAGGACUGUCAUUAGAAUGUCUCAUAAAUAUCUGAGUGAAUUCAUACUAGGCUACAUGAACCAGAGGCAUACGCCCAUUAGACUGUUUUGCAUGUGGCUGGAAAUAAUAAAAAAGUCAUUGAAUUUGUUUACUUGUUUUGUUCGUGUGUGUGUGCGUGCACAUGCAUGCAUGAGUGUGUUCGCUGUAACGUCCAAGAUAAGCUUUAAACAACGACACGUGUUCUUUCCACACUGGGGACACAACCUUGAUGUUUGAGGCUUGAAAUCUGAUUUCUGAAUAAAGUCAAAGGUCCAGUUUCAGACCUCAACAAAUAAAGGAGUCUGACACAA